ACAGAAUGUGCUGAUUCAUUUUUGGAACAGGAAUUUGGCACGGAAAUUGGAAAGUUCGAAAAAAAAAAAUUGAAUCAAGUCAUGAGCGAUGACGAAGACAGUCUGGAUUUUGAUAUCACUAUUUCUGGGUCAAUACCAUCCUUUGGGGAUCCAUUGACGCCGCCACCGACGAUCCGCAAAUCAUGGUACGUCAAAAUGCAGACUCGAUUGGCGACGCUUGCUGUAUUCAUAUUCGUCUUUACCAUUGUCAUCUCGAUCAUUUUGAUUCUGGCGAAUUGGCACAAAAUUUGAAUUUUUUUCAUUUUGUAGUUUUUGUAGGGUUCUCCAAUAACUGUAUCUCAUAAUCAGGUAUCAAAUACCGUUUCAUUUUGAAUAUAAAAACUGAAUAUAAUACUUG